GAGAAAAAAAUAAUAAAUAAUUAUUAAAAAACAAUAAUAAUAAAAAUGAUAUUUAAUAGACGUCCAGAAGUAGGCAGUGUGGCCAGACGACGGGAACACUACGCAUAAUAAUCCCACCUUGCGUCCACGAUAUUUUCCGUUCCUACCUUCUGUUUUUACUUAUUAGUAAUCGGUACGUGAAAAAACUGAAAACAUUAAAAUAAAAACCGUUAUAAUUUUACAGAUAUUAAAUUUAAUUAUUGUAGUAAAUAGUAAUAUAGUUCAAGUGUUUUAGACAUUCUAUUGAAAAAAAAAUAAGAAUUAAAUAAAGUAUUAUCAAACAUUUAUUAUGUUACUCGUUUACCUUGCGUGACUGCGUGUAUUGUAGGAUAUCGAUUUGUGUAUUAUUUAUUACUUUGGAAAUGUUUUAAUUUUUUUUUCAAUUCUUUUACUGUUCAGAAUUACAUAAUGAUUACGGCACUGUGCUCAUUGGAAAUUCAGAUUAAAGAAAAGAAAUAUUGGUACUGCAAAUGAGUUCAUAAUUUCAAAUUCAUUUUUUUAAUAUUUUACAAUUAAAUAAAAAUGGCAAUGGAAUUAUUGGACAUGAAUGAAGAUUGGAAACUUGCUAAUAAACUAAGAAUAGAAGAUUCUGAACAAUUUUAUACAUUGGUUCGAAUGCAUUUAUCGUUUAUACUAGAAUCUAACAUUAAAGAAGGGGAAUGUACAGUUGAAGAAAAAUCAAAAAUCAAACCUAUUAAAUGGUCUUUUAUGAAAAAAGACAAAUGUUCUGUGAAAGGGGUUAUGGAUGGAGCACCAAUUACUCAAGAAGGAAUUUGUCAAGUGUAUCAACUUAUUGAUUUCUUGUCUCAAGAAGAAAAUGUUAUGCAAGAAGGCAUAUUUCGUAGAAAUGGUUCAAUCACCCGUCAACAAGAACUGAAAGCACUUUUAAACCAGGGGCAAACAUUAGAUUUAUACAAUGGACAGUUUACUGUUCAUGAUUGUGCAACUGUUUUGAAAUCAUUUUUAGCUGAACAACCUGAACCAAUAAUGACAGAAGCAUUUUAUCCAGCGUAUUGUCAAAUAUCAGAAUUAUGUCAAAAAAUGGAGAUUAACAAUAAUAGUCAACGUUUAUUGAGAGCAUUGCAACUUUUAUUAUUGUUACUGCCGUUUGAUAAUUUAGUAUUAUUAAAAGAUAUCAUAAAACUACUUCACUUCACUGCUAAACAUUCAGACAAAAAUAGAAUGCCACCCGACAAUUUAGCAACAUUAUUUACUGGUCAUUUAAUUGUUCCAAGAAAGUUACCAGCUGAAGAACUUUAUCAAAUAACUCAAAAUCUAUCACAUAUUGUAAUUUAUAUGAUAAAAUUAGGGUUUGAUUUAUUUAAAAUCCCACCAAAUUUAUCAGUAGAUAUUAGAGCUUAUUGGUCUAAAAAGACUUUACAACCUGUUAAGGAGGAAGGAACAGUUGCUACUACAGUAUUUUCAUUCACUGACCGUACAACUACAACUAAAGAAAAUGAAGAAAAUCCAACAGUUAAAGCAUUAGCUGAAUUAUAUGCUCAUGUGCAUAAUUUACCAGAAUCUGCUGAAAAGCGUAGAAUGUUUAUUAAACGUGUUAGUAAUCAUAACUCUGUAAUAACACCAAAUAGAAGUCUUACAAAUUCGAUUAAAAAACACAUUUUUAAAAAAGGAUCGAAGUUUAAACAAGGUUCAAUGAAGUCAGCAGAACGACAACAAUUAAAGCUUGCAGAAGAAAAGUCCAAACCAUCUGCACCUACUUCUUCAGAUAAAGAAAAUAAGGAUGAUUCAUUUAAGAUUAAGAAGAAAGGCACAAAGAAAUUACCAAUUAAAGAAAUGAAGUACUCAAAACUUGAAGAUCAUUGUUCACCCAAAUUAGACCUUGAUACACCUGUGGAUUGUUUUUCUACUCCUAAUGUUGUUAAACGUAUUAAACGUUGUACUAGUACUCCAUCAGCAGUUACCCCACAUCAGCAACACCCUAAUGAUGAUAUGUCUCCAAUUACGCAGUCAGCUCAAAAAAUGACCAAAUCUAUGCAGGAAACAAUGAUGACUCCGAGAAGUCGUAAACCUGUGGUAGCAUUGUCAAACUCAAACAUACAUAAAAUGAAACCUUGUAACAGUGAUUCAAGUAUUUCAAAUUUACCAAACCGACAAAGUCUAACCUCUGUAUCAUCUAAUCCUUACUAUUUAAUGACUUCUGGAGAUUCGCUAUCCAGUUCAUUUCGUGACUACUUAUUUAGUCAAAGUGUACUGACUGCUAGUCCAGUAGAUCUCAGUUUUGGUGAUACCAGUUCAUCAUCCACACAAUCAUUACUUUCAGAUUUGGAGGAUGACCAAUUACAAUUCUCUAAGUGUACUUCGUCUACAGAAAGUUUACCAAAAAGAAAACGAUUAACAAGUGAAAAUUUUAAUGAAACAUUGUUGUGAGAUAACUUUAUACAUUUUAUGUUAAAUUGUUUUUAUUUAUAUAAAAUUAGAAAAUGUAUGUUUUCUUCAUUUUUGUGUCUUCCAUGUAUAUAAUUUAUAAAAAGAUUCUUUUAAAAACCACAACAAAAAUAUUGAACUCUCAAUUCCAAAAGUAUAUUCUAUGUGAAUUUGUUUGAUUAUUGAGUAUGGUGCUUUGAUUUAUCAACAAUUUAAAAAAAAUUGUAGUUAUUAUAUAUUAAAAAUUUGAACUUCUAAAGCAUAAAAUAUUAUACAUUUUUAUAAAUUGUACGUGAUUCAUUUUUAUUUAUACUUGUACAGUAUGUUAAUAAAAUUGUAUUUUUAUUAUAACUAUUAUUAUUUUUUUAAUUACUCACUAAAAAUUCAAUUUUAAUAUACAUUUCAAUAAAAACUCUUAUUUAUACUAUUGAUUACUUCAAAUAUUCAGUAACUUGAUGUUAAAUUUUAACAGUAAUAAAAAGUUUAAACUGUUUGAA